GACCACAGUGCUCUAGUCAAAACGAGAACCCCACGCAGGAGGGUCGGGAAGAGCCCACAUCAGUACCAGGUCUGCUCGAGAGCGUCGCAAAAUAAACAGGCCAGCCGCGCCAGACAUGAGAUGCCCCAGAUCGGCGCCAGACGUGCAAGCACGAGCCCGAGGGAAGCCCCCCGCCAGCAGCGAGCGACCCGGGGUGGACGCGGGGAGGAGGAGGAGGAGGAGGAGGAGGAGGAGGAGGAGGAGGGACUGCGUCGCUCCGGAGGAGGACGCUCACAGCGGGCCGAUGGGUGCCGAUGGGUGCCCGCCGCUGCAGCCCCAGAGGCGGGAGCCCUCCAGGAGCAUCUCCGGCCACGGCUCGGGGCCCAGCUCGGACAGCUGGACCUCCCUGGCAGAUUUGGGUCGCGGUGUCGCCGCCCCAUCCUUGUUCUGCACAAACAUGUCCACUCGGUCCAGACUCCCCGACACGUACGCGUGUAGCAGCAGCGGCUUGCCCUCCUGCGUCGAAGUCUGAAUCGACUCGCCCGUCCCGGCCCCCGCAUGAGCUCUCCUCUCUUCUCGCCCCACCCCCUUGCUCAAACGUCCGACGUCCUAUUUGUUCACUCUGACGGGUUCUGGAGCUCUCGCCCCAAUCUUUCUCGCAGUCUUCGCGCCGCGGGCUGUCUGUUCAUCGGGAAGACGACGACGGCGACGACAACGCCGAUGCAACCACAACGGCCUUUGCUAAUCUUCCUCUUGCAUGCCUUUUUUGCAGCCAUCUCCGAGCCCCAACCCCCAAGGAUGCCGUCUUGCGACGGAGGCAGUAAAGUAAUGGAUGAAACGCUGGAGACCGAGGCUGACGAGUAGUACUGAAAUGUUGAUUUGCAGACGGAGGCUGUGGAAUACCAUGUGGCAUGCCGAGGCGGGCGGUUCGGGCGGCG